UCUUUAGGAUUUAGGGCCCAUGGGCAACAAGCUAGCUCGCACGACGCAGGCGUCCCCGACGGAGUACUACCUCAACGAUCUCCCAUCGGAGUUCAAUCUGGUGCUCAAGGAGGUGAUCGGCAAGAGCGAGCGAUUCUUCAAGGCGAUCCUCUGCGUGCACGAUGAAGGUCUGCUGCUCGUCAAGGUGUAUUUCAAGCGCGGCGACGUCCUCGACCUCAGGGAGCACGCGCGCAAGCUCAAUGAGAUCCGGGAGCAGUUUCGAAAUGUUGAGAAUUCGCAUGUCUGGCCAUUCCAGCGCUGGCACGAGACGGACAAGGCAGCUUAUUUGCUCCGGCAAUACUUCUUUAGCAAUUUGCACGAGAGGCUUAGCACUCGUCCCUUCCUCAGUACGAUCCAAAAGAAAUGGCUAGCAUUCCAGUUGCUACAUGCAGUAAAACAAAGUCAUGAUCGCGGUGUAUGCCACGGAGAUAUCAAGUGCGAGAACGUAUUGGUAACGUCUUGGAACUGGAUAUACCUUACAGACUUUGCCUCUUUCAAACCAACCUAUAUCCCAGAUGAUAAUCCGGCGGAUUUUUCAUUCUUUUUCGACACUGGAGGCCGUAGGCGAUGUUAUUUAGCUCCAGAGCGUUUCUAUGAUCCAAAAACCGAGUCACCCGUGUCGCCAGGAGGAGCGCUCAAGCCUUCAAUGGAUAUGUUCUCUCUCGGUUGCGUUAUUGCUGAGCUUUUUCUCGAAGGACAGGCUCUAUUCGAUCUCUCGCAACUUCUGGGAUAUCGUAAGAGACUUUACGAUCCGUUGCCGUCUUUGGAGAAGAUCUCAGACACUGGAAUCAAGAAUAUGAUAUUGCAAAUGAUUCACGUAGUUCCCGAGUCUCGGCUCUCUUGUGACGAUUACUUGGAAACAUGGGCUUACGACGUGUUUCCCAGCUAUUUUUCUCCAGCUUUGCACAACCUGUUUUCUUGCUUAACUCGGACUAUGGAUCUGGAGAGCGAUUCAAGGGUUGCACUUAUUCAAAGUUCAUUUUCCGAAAUUCGAAGUUUGAUGAUUCGCGAUGCCAAAGACAAAAGUUUUUCUGCCGACUGCCUGGAUAAGGAGCUUCGAAUAACUUCACCAUCACCGCCUUUGCAAAGAAAAUCUCGUUCUUCUCAUGCUCAAACACAGCAUGACUUGCUGACUGACAUCAAUCUGCUGUUGAAAGACAGCAAGUCCUCGAUUCAGCAUACAAAGCAUCAGUCAGAUUCAAGCGUUUCCGACCGCUUUACCUGUUCUUAUCGACUGAAAGCGGCAGCUGUGAAAAUGGCAGAAGUGGCACCAAAGCACGACGAAGAGUUCAAAGAAGAAAUUAGGAAAUCCAAGGUACCCACUCACGAGGGAAUGGUUCUUAUUGCGUCUGCACUUUGUGCUUGUUUGCGGCACGUAAAACUUCCUUUUGCAAGACGAGCAGCUGUGCAACUUCUGUACAAUGCUUCUGUGCUUUGCGACGACGACGCACGGCUGCAGCUCAUUGUUCCGUUUGUGGCUGCGCUUUUGUCUGAUUCAGCUGCUAUUGUCCGCUGUGCCGCGCUGCAGACGCUUUGCAACGUUCUAUCCAUGGUUCAGACUUUCUCUCCGAGUGACGCCAAGGUAUUUCCAGAAUAUAUAUUUCCGCUGCUGUCCAUGUUACCCGAUGAUCCAGAAGAAAGCGUACGUAUCUGUUAUGCCGACUGCAUCCACAAAAUAGCGGGCACAGCUUACAGGUUUUUGGUUUCACAAAGUUCCGAGGGUGGUAGUGAGGAACUUAACGAGAAGUCACGCUCGGCUGGUUUUACUACAGAGUUGGCGCAGCUCCGUGAGACUAUAGGACGUAUUAUUCAUGACUUGGUUAUGGGCCAGAAGCAGACUCCAACCAUAAGGCGUGCUCUCCUGGAGCAUAUCGCGCCGUUAUGCGAGUUUUUCGGAAAGAAGCAGUGCAACGACUUUCUCCUGCCAGUUUUGCCAGCGUUUCUAAACGAUCGCGACAAGCAACUGCGGGCGCUUUUCUUCGAACAGAUUGUUCACGUCUGCAUCUUUGUUGGCGAAGUCAGCUCCGAAGCCUACUUACUUCCGUACCUCGAGCAGGCACUGAGCAACGUAGAGGAGCCCGUUAUUGUCAACGCUUUGGAAUGUUUGGCCGCUCUCUGUGUUUAUAAGCUGCUGAAGAAGAGAGUUCUCUUGAAGACUGUGGAGCGAGCCUCCCCGCUGCUUUGCCACCCGAGCCAGUGGGUGCGAAGAGCAGCCAUCACGUUAGUUGCUGCCAGCGGCUCCAACCUUUCUGUAGCAGAUGCUCACGCGUACCUGAUACCGCUUCUACUGCCGUUUCUCAGACGGGAGCCACUGUCGAUAUCUUCUGAAGCAGCGCUUCUGGCAUGUCUCAAGCCACCGGUUUCUCGUGACGUCUUUCAACGCGUUUUGAGCAACGUGAUGCUGACUUCAAAUUCAACAGAGGCUGCAACAGAGCGGCCUAAGCCUCGUCAACGAGUUCCCGAUGCAACUUUUGGUCAUGGCAGAACUCCGAUGAUGAAGAUACCACUACAAAGGAACGUCCCCGACUUUGAAGAUGGUGAGAAGCUCAAAGCUAUGGAGGGAUACAUUCGAAACUUGUCUAGCACGAUGCACAGCUGGGAUUUGGAGAAUCCAGAGAAGAUGGAUGCUUCGGCAACCGGCGCAGGGUUCUUCUCAAACUUUGAUGUUGCAACGGACAGUAUUCCGCUGUAUUCUCGUCCGCCAACUGAUAGAAGGUUGGACAACUCGGGUAAUGAGGAGUGGAGCCGGAUCUACCGUCAGCCUAUGGACACUCUCGCGUACUCGCAGUCUGAUAUGAUGCAGAAAUCUAUGAUGCAGAAGUCUAUCAUCGCUAUUCCAUCAAAGUUCACAGGGUCCAUUUACGGGAGAACUCCUUCACAUGAAACAAGCACCGAGCCCGCAUUCGAUGCUUUCAACAAGUUCUUGAAGUCCAGCGCUGGCUCAGACAGCAGGUGGAGACCACGCGGUGUGUUGGUCUCGCAUUUGCAUGAGCACCAACGAGCAGUAAAUCAAGUGGCGGUUUCUUCGGACAACAGCUUCUUCACGAGUGCAUCGGACGACGGGACUGUCAAAGUGUGGGACUGCCGCCGCUUGGAGAGAAGUACCUCUUUCAGAUCGAAGUUGACGUACUCCUUUGGGCAGAACGAGCGCGUCCUUUGCUUGGCGAUGCUAAGCCCGGAUCAACAGGUUGCGGCAGCGUCGAGUGCUGGAGAGAUUCGCGUGUUAUGCGUAGACUACAUCGCACGGGAGGGCAAUGUUCCGGAGCGGUACUCUGGCAUCUCAAACGUCCGGAGGACAGACGCGCAGGAAGGCUCGGUUCUAGCUUUGCAGGCUUUCGGGGGUAUGCUUCUAUACAGCACCCAGAAGAAUGGACUUCACCUGUGGGACUUUAGAGAACAGCGGGACGCCUGGCUGCUAAAGGCAAAACCGGAGCAAGGCUACGUUUCCGCUUUAGCUGCCGAUCCUUCUCGCCACUGGCUAGUGUCGGGAACAUCCCGCGGUGUUCUAACGCUCUGGGACUUGAGGUUCCAAGUUCAGGUUUACUCGUGGCGGCUUCCGUCUUGCCACCCUGUGGAGGCUAUGUGCGUUCCCGUUGGCUCCUCGCUUCCUCGACCUUUUGUUUACGUUGCUGCUGGCCGGAACGAGGUGGCUGUUUGGAACGUGGAAAAUGGGAACUGCCAACAGAUUUUAAAGUCAGCCGUGCAGUCCAAUGGGACAAGCUUCGUUGCAAAUCUCCAACCGUGGGGCCGAAGGACGGGCCCAAAGCAGCAACACCAGGAAGCAUCCAAGCUCUCUGACUACAAAGUCGAGGAGCUGAGCGAUCCUCCUCCGAGGAUUCCAGGCGUUCGAGCUUUGCUACCGACGACGGCAGGAGCCUCGGUUAUAACUGGAGGGACCGACUGUAGAAUUCGUUUGUGGGAUCACUUGAGGCCGGAGACUAGCUACUGCAUCUGCGGUCCUACAGUGAAGAACGCUCCUCCUUUCCGGUAUUCCUCCAAAACCGUUUGUGGACUACACAUCACUCAGGAAUCGAUGCACGAAAAUGUGCAAAGCGAGGUCGCCUUGGCUGCGGUUGAUAUGGCUGGGUGUCACCGAGACUCCAUUACCAGCUUGGCUGCGGCUAGUCAGCUGCUCAUAUCGAGUAGUAGAGAUGGUACGAUCAAAGUAUGGAAGUAAAGCUUAUUAGUUUUCAAUUCCACCGUACAAACGGUUCCACUGCCAUAGCGUGAAUGGAAAUCUAAAAUCUAACACACAACUUGGAACUUA